AUAAAGAGAAUGAGAGAGGGCGAGAGAGGGAGGGAGAAAGAGAGGGACAGAGGGAGAAAGGAAGAAAUUAAUAUCUGUCUUCGGCCACCUCUUAUGCCUUAUAUUAAUUUUUAGUUUGUACUUUAUAAUUAACGUUGUAUAGUUUUUUUUAGAGAGAGCGAGAGAAAUCCAAUAUGGCCGAUGUUUUGUUUGCGAGUGAAGAUGGUUAUGGUUGGGCUGUCUUGGGCACCGAAGAUGUUUAUUAGCUAUCUUACUCCGUGGUUUUUCGGAGUCCCGGUUCAUGAGCUCUAGGCUCAAGAUAUCAGAAAUAUCAAAAUCCAAGUAAGACCGGCCGGUGUAAUUUUCGCGCCAGACGAACAAUGAAUGCGACGAGCUUAUACGUGUCGACCUGUCGACUAAUUCUCCAAGCCGAUUCCGAAGACCCGAGCUCCUGGACUGAUUUGUAUAGAUUAGUGCCGUAUCUUCGACAAAGCCUCAGCUGCACCGUUUGCUCGAAUCUUUUGAUAGAGCCACUCACACCCACGGAGACGAACUGCCAGCACCAUGUCUGCCGGGGAUGUCGUGGUGGCCGCAAGAAGCUUAAGCCUUCCUGCGGUUGGUGUAAGGACUAUGAUAAAUAUAUCGAGAAUGUACAGUUGAGGAUACUUCUGCAAUGUUACAAGAAAUUAUGUGAAUAUCUGACCAGUACUGGCAUUUACAGAUGCCUCGUAUUGGCCGUAUCCAGUAGUAAAAUCAGUAAUGGUAUACCAUGUUUAGGUGCCAGCUGCCUCACCGAGCUUAUCAAAGAGGGUGCUGGCUUUAAAGAUGAGUUCAAGAGCAAUGCUGGUCUUUCAAGGUCUGCUUACAGUAUUUUACCAUGUGUUUACACUACCAGUACUACUUCGACACAGACUGGAAACACAAAUCCUAUACCCGUGACAGAUCCGUUGGUUACGCAGGAGAUGCCACCUAUUAAGACUGUAUCUAAUGGCUCAUCUAUUUAUUCUGUGAUGUACGCCGGCUCUGGUAACAAGAUUACGAUAAAAAGGAAAGCUGCCGCCACUGAUGACGUCGAGGGUGUAUUACAGCCGGAAGUUGAAGUGCAACAGCCACAGUUAUCAACGUUACAACAGUCUCCUGUUGGUGUAGUUAAGUGCAUUCCAGCUUCUCAGUUAACUUACACGCAGUGUCAGUCUAAGAAAACUUCAAAAAGUAGCAAGUCUACUGGUAAUUUUAAGAAACCAAGGUCUAGUUCCACCAGGAGUAAAAGAAAAGGAUGUAGAUGUGGAAAUGCUACUGCAAUACCUGGAAAAUUGACAUGUUGUGGACAAAGAUGUCCUUGUUAUGUCGAAAGCAAACCAUGCCUUGAAUGUAGGUGUAGAGGUUGUCGAAAUCCUCAUACACGAGAUGGUUACAAGAUUCGCCCCCACAUACCAGAACUUCAUAAUUUGCAAUUACAGUUAUCCAGUCCCCUUGACUGUGAUGGUUUGGCUACCGAUCCUCUUGGUUCUGUCCAGCAGUGCCUCUCAGUCUCACCACCAACGAUUCAAGUUCUCAAUGUUUAUUCGACGCCAAGGUUGGAAAUAGACAAUAUACCACAAAAUUUGCCGGCAGCUUUGCUUGUUGGCGAAGACGCAAUGGCGAGUACUGAAAGUGAAGCCGAGGACAGCGACGUACAAAUCGAUGUGUGACGACGAAUUCAAGUGCGGAUAUAAGACUUAUAAAACGUGAUUUGUAAAUGAAAAUGAACUCACCAAAUAAUAAUUACAUUAUAUGAGAUACAACGUGUUCCAAAUAUACAAAUGAAAAAAAAAAUUAAUGGAACACAGCACUAGUAUGUUUCUCACAGAAUUGUACAAGAAAACAUUGAAUAAGUAUCCAUUUAUUUUAUAAUUAACGUUUGUACGGAUUUCUUUAUUGAAUUCUUAAUUCCUGCCAGUCUUCGAAAAUAUGGCAUUCUAUUACACUCCGAGUUUAUAAAUAUAUAAAGCGAUUGUGAAUAUUAUUCUUAAAAUAUUUUGAGAGUCCAAAUGUGUAUUAUUAUACACUUUGAUAAAUAUCACAUGUUUCAAAUUCCUUUAUUAUACUAAUGAGAGUAAUA